AUGCGUCGGUCGCUUACCUGUUCGGCAGGGCCAUAUCUGGAUCAUAUCAAGGCAUUGUGCGGGUCCAAUCCUGGUCUGAAGACCCGUGAUCCCGCAAACAAGGAGUCACAGAUGCGAGAUGGCAAUGCCAAAGUCGUCUUAUUGGAAUCCCCACCUACGAAACAGCCUGAAUUUAGUAGAACCGAUUUCAAAAGCGUCACUGAACUGAGGAGACAUUUUGAAGAAAAUAAAGAUUCCCAUGCUCAAAGAAGAGUGUACAUCAUGGAAGGGUUAGCGAGAGACUAUAUCGCCGCCAUGGGUGACCAUUUCUUCAUGGACCCUUCCUUCUUUGUGCGGCAAGAACGCACUUGCCCUUGGUCAAAUGACUUUACGCCGACCAGCGACGCUUUGCCUCCCCCAAGUUCUCUCAAUCCGGAAAAGACGUUCCUUCUCCAGUAUUGUGAGCUGCGUCAGUUCCAAGCGUCUCUUCCAAAUGCGCCUUUCUUUUGUAAUGAGACGGGUCGCCAUGUUGGCAUGACUGCGGCUAGGACGAAGAACGAUACUACGGUGGCUAUCUUGCGGCGCAAAGUGUCAUGGUGGUGCCGUACGACGGAAGGAGGUGGAUGGGAUGUUGUCAUACUGUGUGACCCUCAACUCCGUGAUCUUCGCCCAGAGCCUAAACGUGGGAGGAUCAGCAAUGUCCCGUUCCAGGGCGGUUAUCUUGAUUUCGUACCCCCACCUCCUCAUGAUCGAGCAGCCUCGGCGCCGAAGCAUCAACAUUGUUCGAUGUUAGAGGAUUUGUGUCACUACCUCACAAAUCAUUCUUCUCUCCUCACAGACGAAGAAGAUAGUGGUCAAGACGAAUGGCGUCUUCCUCAAACCUCCUCAUUCUUCGUAAAGAAGAUUGUCGCAGCGCAUUAUCUGCAAUUGAUCGAUUACAUCAAAGCGAUGCUCCCUUCCCUCGAACUGCGUCUCACCACGGCCUGGUUAGAGGAGCAAGGGCAAUGGAAGAGUCUUCAGACCAUCAGCCGCCGCUGCGGAAACUACCAUGAUGAUGUUGAAGAUAUUCUACUCAGCCUGGGUUAUCGACUUGAUCAGAAUCAAGUUCGUACCGACUGGAAAGAUUGUGAGACUGACUUCCAAUACAUAUAUCACCGCUUGAAAACGCUCAAACAGCGAGCCGAUAACCUUAUGCAAGCCAUGACGGGCCUUGCUUCUAUUGCCGGGAACCGCCAGAAUCUCGAGGAGGCAAAACGCGUCAAGCGGCUUAAUCUGCUCGCACUGUUCUUCAUUCCUCUUGCAUACACAUCCUCUCUAUUCAGCAUGCAAGAAAGCUACGCGCCCGGUAAUAACAAGUUCUGGGUUUACUGGGUCAUUGCCAUUGGUGCGGUUUUGUUCACGGUCGUGGCGACGUGGGCGCUUGACAGCGCGUUCUUGGAUGAUUCCGCGCAGUGGAAAUUACCUAGGCCCCUUAAACCCUUCAAACGGAAAAUAUCGAGUUUGUUCUCGAGUGAAUCGGAUCGCUCUACGGAUUGA